UUCCACGAUACGAAUGGUACAGCGACUGCCAAUAUUAUGACUGCUCUUGACUUCGGGUUGCGAACAUUCGAUGCGUCCGUUGGUGGCCUUGGAGGGUGCCCGUAUAGUCCUGGUGCCACGGGUAAUGUUGCAACGGAAGAUGUCGUCUAUGCUCUCACUGGAGAUAGGUUAUUCGGCAAUAUUGGUGAACCAUACGGUAAUGGGGAGCCUGCCAAGACGGUGCAAAGUCGAUGGGACGUAGGUCCCGUUGACCUAGUUCGACUCGCAGAAAUCGGGGAGUGGGUUUCUAGGGCUCUCGGGCGAGAGACUACGAGUCGUGCUGGUAAAGCCCUAUUGGCGAGACGGAAGAGAGAAGAGGAACGCAAACGAAAGGAAGGAGCAAAGUUGUGACAUCGGGACGCUUCCGAGUCCCCCCUCACGAGACCACAAUCGUCCUGCAUACUUUUUAUCGCUGUAACAAUCCAUGUAUCGCUCUCCUCUAUGACAUUAUCUGCUUUGAAUCAAAUAAAUACUCAGGGUAUCACGACUCGUAAUUAGA